AUGUCUGCCGCUGCCCGAAUCGUCAAUCCCUUGCGGGUUGCUUUUGCUGCGGCCCCCAAGGUUCGAGUGUGCUCAUCACCCCUCCGCUACACCGUGCCCUCGAAAGCUGCCUGGAAUACCAGACGAGGCUUUGCGCAGUCUGCCUUCUUGCAAGCAAAGAAGUACACCGAACAGCACGAAUGGGUUGAGCUGUCCGCAGAUAACACGACAGCGUCCAUCGGCAUCACCGAAUACGCCGCCAAGGCCCUUGGAGACGUUGUUUUCGUCGAACUUCCUGCCAUUGACUCUGAGAUCAACGCUGGAGAGACCAUUGGUGCCGUGGAAUCUGUCAAAUCCGCUUCAGAUAUCAUGUCGCCCGUCUCCGGCACUGUUGUCGACACAAACACUGCUCUGGAGGACAAGCCAAAAAUCGUCAACGAGUCCCCCGAGGCCGAUGGUUGGUUCGUGAAGAUCAAGGUUACGGACCAGAGCGAAUUGGAAGGUUUGAUGGACGAGGCUGCUUACCGUGCUUCGCUAGAGGAAGAAGAGUAG